GUCACUACAGAUAUUUAUCCUCUUUUAUUCAAAGAUGAGGAAGCACUCUUCAAAUGCUUGUCAAAAAGAAAUGGUCAAUGAACUUAAGUCCCAAUGCUCAAAGCAAAUCAUAGGAAAAACAAAUAAACACUAGACCCAAAAUCUUCCCUGGCUCACCCACCCAAACAAAAAAACCCACCCUAACAACGAAGGGGCCUCUGCACGUAUCAGAGCGAUGUUUACAAAAUCCUCAUUAAGGAAAAGAAAGCAGAUAAAAGUGCACACACACACACGCACUAGGACACUAUGAACACUAAACAUGCAGAGCUUCCUAUUUUGAAGAUAACAGACAGGGAGAGAAAGUGGAGAGUGAGAGAGAGAGAGAGGAAAAAAUCAUUUGAAAAGAGAUGCCACAGAGGGACAUCUCUUUCACGUAGUGAUACCACCCUCAAGCCAAAACUUUUCUGACAUCAAAAGGUGAGAAGGGAUAAAUGCUCAGAGUUCAGGAAUAGAGAAAUUCUAAUGCAGUGACCAGUGUGCAGCAACAUAUAGACCUAAGCAGCAAACUCCAGACCUCAACACUACGGUUCUGCUUUCCUACUUUCUACACUGGAGCGACUAUUGACAUUCUGGAUAAGCAAGUUUUGAGUACUUCCGAAAGCUUCGAAACAAAAUCUAGGGCUUUUGUCACUGGAUCUAUAGGUUCCAGUUCAUGUGAAAUUCUAACCACAUUGGACUGUACCAAUACUCAUCCCAUUUGCCUUACAUCAUGGCUGGCAGAAGGUUUUGUAAUUUCUGGAUAAUGUGGUCAUCCACCACAUCUGUUUUACUUGCCUUCCUCCUAAUGUUUGGGGGGCCUUUUUUUGCACACAGUAACCCUAUCAGCUCCCCAGAGAAGCUCCGCACUGCUCCCGGGCUGGAUGAUGGGCAUGGAGGGGUGGUGGACCCCUCACUCCUGGAGCAGAACAGUGAGGUGGACAUGCAGAGCUUGCUGGAAACCCUGAAGGGGCAGUUUCUACGCACCUUCAACCUGUCAGGUCUCAGUGCCCCUAUGCAGCUGGGGGCCCCUCGCAUAGAGCCCCCUGAGUACAUGCUGGAGCUCUACAACCGCUUUGCCAAUGACCGGACCGCCAUGCCUUCUGCAAACAUUGUACGCAGCUUUAAAAACGAAGACUCCUCCCCAUGCAAUGUGGGACCUGGUGGGGUGAGACAACACCCACUUCUCUUCAAUGUAUCCAUCCCAUACCAUGAGAAAGUCACUUCAGCUGAGCUCCGACUUUACACUCUGGUCCAAACGGACCGCCACAAAUAUGCUGGUGUUGACAGAAAAGUGACAAUAUAUGAGGUGAAACAGCGAGAAACUAACAACAGUCAGCAAAUAAGAAGGGAUGAUAUUGAGGGAGGAGGGAAACCCAAACAAGAGGGUGAAACUGAACUAGUGGAGUUGGCAUCUCGACAGGUGUACGGCACAGAUAAUGGAUGGGAAUCUUUCGAUAUGACAGCUGCAGUGCACCGUUGGAGAAAAUCAGACUAUGGCACUACCCACAGGCUGGAGGUCCAUAUAUCCAGUUUGAAUUCUCAGAGUGCUGCAGCAUCUGAAGGUGAGGAUAGUGGCAAUUCCAUAGGAGGGGACAUGGACAUUGACACAAGUCUGGAGGAUAAGCACAACCCCUUAAUGAUUGUCUUCUCUGAUGACCAGAGCAUAGACCACCGUGGAGACAAACGCGAGCUGAAUGAGCUGAUCCAGCAUGAGACCACUGGGAGGGGCUUUCAGGACAACCUUGAGCAGGAGCUGACUGGUCUUUGGGAGGGCCUGGGACUUACAGGACAAAAAGAUGGCAAUGAGGAGGAGGAGCCAAGUGAGGAAGCUCUCCUACAGAUGCGCUCCAACCUCAUCUAUGACACAGCAUCUAGGAUUCGACGCAAUGCCAAAGGCAACCAGUGUAAAAAGAAUUCCCUCUAUGUUGACUUCAAAGACAUUGGCUGGGACAGCUGGAUCUUGGCACCCUCUGGAUACGAAGCCUUUGAGUGUACAGGAAUGUGCACUUACCCUAUGACCAAACAUGUUACACCAACAAAACAUGCCAUUGUACAAACUCUGGUCAGCCUGAAAAGUCCACAGAGAGUGUCCAAGGCUUGUUGCGUACCCACUAAACUAGAUCCCAUCUCUUUACUCUACCUAGAUGAUGCAGGUGUGGUUACAUAUCAGUAUAAAUUUGAAGGUAUGGUGGUAGCAGAGUGUGGAUGCAGGUAGAAUUGAAUGGACACAGGGAAAUAGGGUGAAGCUGGGCCAAAGCUUAGGAAUUGGUUUGGAAGGAGACUAAAAGACAUUAAUUGUCUCAGAACCAGCCACAACUACGGCCUACAUACCAAGUUUCUUCCAAAUGGCAGUGGAUGAGCUCUUACUCCCAACCUUAAAGUGCUAUCAGGAGUCAUGAAAUCAUUUACGAAAUCAGCCUGUAUUUGAUUCAAAGUUACACAAAGGCAUUGCAGAAGAGGACUAUGUGACACAAUGCAAGCUUUUUUGGAAAUGUUGAAGAUUUCAUUCCGGCUGAACAGGGAUUGGGUGGAACAUAAGCCACUAAUUAAACCACCGACAUGCCUCAAUAUCAGCCAGGAUAAAUGAGCUGUUCUUAUCAGUAAAGACUGUAGUUUAAGUCAGAGAUUGUAUCAACUCAAACUCGUGACAUACUUGGCCAUAUCGUUUGCGUCAGCAAAGUCCUUGCUAAGUGGGUGUUUCAUAGAGAUGGCAGCUCAGAGGAGAGGGUUUGUGAACUCAAGCACCAUAGGGUCAUUUCGCUGACCCUGUCAUAGACAAGAAGCUUGUGACUCUGGCUGUUUCCAGUUUUCACAAAGCACAGUAUCGUAUCUGUCAUGACUCAAUCAAUACACAUCUGUCAAUACACAGUUUCCUGCCUCACUAAAUGCAUUUGUUAGGAACUGUCCAACUUAAAGAAAAAACAUUAUCUGGAGAGUCUUGUGAAAAGGGGGACGGAGUAAAACAGACCAGAAUGGACUUCUGAAUCUGUCUUAAAACAACUACUAAUCUGGAAUUUUACAGUUAGCAUUCACUAUUGCAAAAGUAGUACGUGGACACUCUUUUUGUGUUAGUGCCAAGACCAAGCAAUAAAAAGACAAACUUAAAACGACUCUUCAAUAAUUAAUUCAUAAAUGUUGAGAUGCCUCAAGCCUUUCUGUUCAAUACAUAGACAAAAAUAGUAUCAUUGUCUGCAUUCCAGCAUGGAAUUAGCUCAGAAAUCUGCAUGUCAUUCACGGACUACUUGCACCACUGCUGAAAUAUGUGAAUGGGGCAUUGACAGAGGAUUCACUCUGCUUCUACAGCUUGGUUGGUCUGCCUUAUUCCACUGGUGACUGAAAGCAUUGAGGGGUAUUUAGGGGCUAUUAGCCCCCUCCUGCUCCACAUGCCAUGCGUGCAGCACUCCCUACCCCUAAGCAGGACCAUGAUAAGGAGGAGUCAGGACAGAGAAACAUGUGUGUGGUUCCCAGAACCUGGGAAUGAGAGGGUAGUUUAGCAAUUUCAAUCAUAUUAACUUUCUGAAUCUAAUCUAUCCAAAGGCAAAAGAUACAUCAUUUACCCCCCACUGCUUUACUGACACUGUCCUCCCAAAGUCUUGCUCCCAUGCAACCUUUUGUCAUCCUGAGAGGAACAGAUCCCCUUUUGGACCCUUAUCACUGUUAGGUCUUCCAAGGUCAUACCAACCCUUAGAUAUACUUCACAAGACUUUUCAGUCAUCACCAUGUCUGAUUGUAUCUGCCAGGUUUAUUCCCAUGCCUGAAACAUUCUUUACAUUACUGACAUUGUGUUGUUGAAAUAUAAUUUGUGUUCUGCUGCUUGGAUUUAUCAUAAAGUUUAUUUAUUGAUUAAUUUAUUAUCCGUAUUAUUAUUUUUGUCUUUGUAUAGCAACUCUGUACAAUGAUUACAUACACUAUACUGAAUACAUGACAUGAUUGUGCAAAAAACAAAAAACACAAUUAAUGAAAAAUGUAUUCAAAUUAUAAUUGUAAUUUAUACUUUGGUAUCUACUAUGUGUUGUAAAUAAGGGUGGGAAUCAGCAGGGAUAUUGAUAUGUAUAUGAUUCACAAUAUGAUAGUAUUGCAAUUUUUAAGUUUAGUGUAUAGUUAUUCAAAACUGUCAUUUAUUUCGAUCUUUUACUCACUUGUUUGUUUUUUAUUGCAAUGGAUUUCAGUGUUUUGCAUAUUUAUAUUCUUAGCUCGGUCUGAGUUUGGAUUUUGGACAAAUAUAUAUGCACUGACCUUAUGCUACAAUAUGUUUUGCUUUUUCUUAGACUUGCUCUGAAUGGUGUUCAAUCUCCUGUGAAAAUUUUGAAAAUGUGAAAACUUGUAUGUGAAAAUUAUGGUAAUGCUUUAAAAUCAAGAUUUUUCUAGCAACGAGUGCAUUUACAUGCAUGUUUUAACACUGAUUUUGAUCAAUAAAUGACGGCAUUUGUUGUCAUGUAAAAAGUUUUCCUUUAGGGUCAUAGGUUUAAGCAUAAACUGAUCGGAACACAUAGAUUUUUGCCCAUUACCCCAGUAAACACCAUUAUCAGUGUUCUUACCAGUUUAUCCAGUGUGUGCAAGUGUUGUGUGCAUGCCUGUUUAUGCUUUAACAUUAAAAGCAGAGAAUAACCCAAUGAUUUAAAAUCUCAUGUAAAUGCAGUUUUUCUUGCAUUCAGAUUUUUUGAAUAAUCAGAUUUUUGAUAGUUAUCAUGUAAAUGCACUCAAUCUUUACGAUGUUUUCAUCAAUCACUUUUCAAGCACUGACUUCUUGUUAGGCUUUGUAUAUAUAUUUAGUUUGUUGAUCCUUGCACCCAGACACUCCAUGUCCUUAACAAGAUAUAUUUAGCCACAGUCUGUCCAGAGCUCGCUGUUUAGACAGUGGGCAUGGGAGCAAUUCUUAAAUGUAAUUUUCCCUUGAAAACCAGAAGCUAAAAGUCCCAUAGUUUACAUGUGUCAAACAGAUUCACAUACAUGGGAAGCUGACUGGAAACUAAUGACCACACAGGCUCAUCUUGAGACUGUGCAGAUGUAUUGUGUUCUUUUUUGGGGGGAUGGGGUCUUAAAAAAAUGUAGCUUUGUUGACAAUUUUUUUGAGAUGUGAAGUAAGCUUUGGUAAUUAGCAAUCGCCAGUUGCCAUUGUAAAAACAAUGUAUUUGCCAUGUACACAGGUGUAAAUAAAAUUAAUAUUUUGAAGAAA